GACAUGGAGGGCGUCCCCGUGUCCUCGAGGCAGACCCUGGGCGCCCGGAUGAGUCUGGUGAUCAGCGUCCUCACCCGCGACAUCACCCUCGACCUCCACGUGAGCCAGUGCGAGGGGAGGAGCGAGGACGGCAGCGCGGUCGUCCUGGUGCAGGACGGCUGCAGCGCCUCCAGAGUGAUGGGCGAGUUCCGGGAGGUGCUGGGCGUGGUCCACGACGAGACCUUCGGCGAGCACACCGUCAGGAAGGUCACGCAGUUCGCCACCAUGAUGGCCUUCAACACCAAGAUCGAACCGCAGACCAUGACGGUGAUCUGCAACGUCAAGCUGUGCGGCGGGGAGUGCGCCGAGCGGCCGGCCUGCGUCAGCUCCGACAUCAACCUGGGUCGAGGGAAGCGCCCGCCGGUCCCCCUCUUCGAGAAGGCGGUCACCCUCGGGAAGGUGUUCCAAGUGGGAGGCCUUCCCGACGAGCCGAGCCAAGAAAUGCUGGCCAUGAUCUUGACCGCAGAGGAAGGGCAGCCGAGCCAGCCGCGAGACGGGAAGUCGACGUUCUUGUUCGACGACUGCGUUCCCCCGCGCACGUUCUACAUCAUCCUGAGCUUCCUGUCGGCGAUGUACCUGAUGGUGCUGCUGGCGUGCAUUUACUGCGUCCGUCGCACCACCUCCAAGACGGUCACGAAGAAGUUCGUCGACGACUACGAGUCUCCGCCGCGCUCGCUCUACCAGGAGUACAACUCGCCCAGGAAGAGGACCCCCAUAGCCAUCACGCCCACCUCCACCCCCACACCCUCGCCUACCCCCACGCCCUCGCCCACCACGCCCCUCCCCGACUACCGGGCUUUCGCAUUCUACGCCGACGAUCGCCAUGGGGUCAGGUCCCACCAGAACUGAGGUCGCAAGGGCGGUGGCACAGGCGAGGCGAGGCGGUAGGUGCCACGACCCACGGAAGUGCGCGCCAGGGGGAGGCACUCGUGUUGCGUCUUUUGCGUUGGUCAGAUGUGCUUUCAGUUCGCGCAACGAACUCUUCGACUGGCGUCUUUGCUGCGAAACUUUCUAGUCUUUUCUACGUACUUUUAGUCUCCUUCUGUCGCCUCUCUCGUCCUUUUAAACGCACGCUUUCGAAAGCAGUUAUCCCUCUCCUCUGCCCUCUCGUGCUCCCUGCUUCUCAUUUUUCUUCUCAUUUUCUCUUCACCUUCCCUUCCCUUUCGUUCCCUUACCCUUCGCUUGCCCUUCCUCUUCUCUUUCCUUCUUUUAUUCCCUGUUCUCCUUUUCUCUUCCCUUCUCAUUUCUUCUCCUUCUAUUCCCU